AUGGUGGCAGGGUCUACCUAUAAUUGGGACGAAACAUUUUGCUAUUACUAUUUUUAUCCCAUUGUGACAAUUUUUGGUACUACAACAUAUUUCAUUAGUCGAGUUGUCAAGUUCUUGCUCUUUUCUUUUUAAUUUUUUUUGACAAAUAAAUUUCUAAUUUGUCAGUUCAUAAUAUUUCAGUCAAUUUAAAUCAAAUUUGGGACUAAUCCCUGAUUAUCCAAAAUUCAUUGGCAUGCGUAAACAUUUUCCCCAUAUGAUUGAAAAACUGUUAAAAGUAAUCGCUUAUGAAAAAAAUCUUAUUCUUCUAUUCAAGUUACAUAUCUAAUGCGUUGCACAUUUCGUAUCAAACUCCCACGGCUUAUUGCAAAUUCAAAAUUAUUGAAUCGCCAUCUCAAUUUCUCGACAACCACAGCAAAAGGCUUUCAAAUUUAUAAUUCUCUAACAGAAGAACAUAGUUUAUACAAUUCUUUGUUGAACAUGUGUUUGCAGCAAUGCCAGAUUGUCCAGUCCUGCCAAGUGUUCGAGGAAAUGCCAAAAAGACUCGGUCUUUCUUUAAAGACUGGCAAAAUUGUCCAUGCCCUGAGUUUGAAACUUGGGAUUUCCUCCAAAGGGAAUUUGGGGAAUGCAAUUUUGGACUUGUAUUCAAAAUGUGGCCACAUUGAUUAUGCGGAAAGGGUAUUUUUACGCCUAGAGGAAAGGGAUAAAAUGGCGUGGAAUUCGAUUAUGUUCAUAUAUUCGCGUAACGGGUUCUUGGAAAGUGUUGUGGAGGCUUUUGGGUCCAUGUGGAAUCGAGGGGUCCUGGGGAAUCAGUUCAGCUGUGCAAUUGUUUUAUCUGCUUGUGCAAAGUUGAUGGACUUGAAGUCUGGGAAGCAAGUGCAUUGUGGGGUGGUAAAAAUGGGAUUUGAAGUUGAUGCAUUUUGUGAGGGUUCUUUGAUUGAUAUGUACUCGAAAUGUGGGUACAUUGUUGAUGCUAGGAAGAUAUUUGAUGGGGCUACCGACCACGACACAGUUUCGUUUACUGCCAUGAUCGCGGGGUAUGUUCAAGUUGGUCUGCUUGAGCAGGCAAUGGAAAUGUUUGAGGAGAUGAGAACAGGAGGUCACAUGCCGGAUCAGGUAGCAUUUGUAACCACCAUAAAUGCAUGUGUGAAGCUAGGACGGCUUGAUGACGCGUGCCAUUUGUUUUCUCAAAUGCCCAAUCCAAACAUUGUUGCGUGGAAUGUACUUAUAUCAGGGCAUGCCAAGGGUGGUCAUGAGGGAGAAGCUAUUGGACUUCUCCGAAAUAUGAUCAAAGCUGACUUCAAACCAACACGUUCCACACUAGGAAGUGUUUUGAGUGCUAUUGCAUACUUAGUGAACUAUGAAUAUGGCCUGCAGGUUCAUGGUUUGGCAAUGAAGCUGGGGCUGGAUUCUAAUGUUUAUGUUGGAAGUUCUUUGAUUAGUAUGUAUGCCAAAUGUCAGAAAAUGGAAGCUGCAAAGGAAGUGUUCAAUGGACUGGGAGAGAAAAAUGACGUGCUAUGGAACGCAUUACUUGGCGGUUAUGCACAGAAUGGACAUGCUUGUGAGGUUCUAGAGUUAUUUUUGAAUAUGAGAAUCUGUGGAUUUCAUCCUGAUGAAUAUACCUACACUAGCGCUUUGAGUGCUUGUGCUUGUUUAGGAAAUAUAGAAACAGGGUCCCAGUUACAUUCGGUUAUAAUCAAGAACAAAUUUGAACAAAACUUAUUUGUAGGAAAUGCUCUAGUAGAUAUGUAUGCUAAGUGCGGGGCUCUGGCCAACUCAAGGAAACAAUUUGAGCUAAUCAAAAGUCGAGAUCAUGUUUCUUGGAAUGCAAUCAUUGUUGGAUAUGUGCAGGAAGAAGAAGAGGAAGGAGCUUUUUCUUUGUUCCGUAGAAUGAUGUCAGAGGGGAUUGCACCUGAUGAGGUAUCCUUAGCUAGCACACUCAGUGCUACGGCAAAUUUACAAGAUCUUUAUAAGGGUACACAAGUACACUGUUUUUUGGUAAAAUAUGGUCUAGAAAGAGCUCUUUAUGCUUGCGGCUCGCUAAUUGACUUUUAUUGCAAGUGUGGAAUAAUUGGAUCUGCAAUUAAAGUGUUUUCAUGCAUGACUGAAAGAAGCGUGGCAUGCACAAAUGCUCUGAUUGCUGGUUAUGCUCAAGUAAACUUAGUUGAAGCUGUAAAUAUAUUUCAGAAUAUGCUGGCUGGUGGACUGAGGCCAUCAGAAGUCACUUUCGCCACCCUUUUGGAGUCAUGCAUUGGUGACACUAAUCUGCAUUUCGGAAAGCAAAUUCACUGUUCUAUUUUAAAACUAGGUCUUGCACAUCAUGAUGAAUUUAUAGCCGUCUCUGUCUUGGGCAUGUACAUGAAUGCUCAAAAAAUGACAGAUGCAAACAUUUUUUUCUCCGAGCUUCCUUAUCCAAAGAGCACAAUAAUUUGGACUGCUAUGAUAUCAGGAAGCAUUCAAAAUGACUGUUGUGAGAAUGCAUUAUUUUGGUAUAGUGAAAUGUGUCAUCAUAAUGCGAAGCCAGACCAAGCGACAUUUGCAAGUGUACUUAGAGCAUGCUCUAUGUUAGCUUCUUUGGAGGAUGGCAGGAAAAUGCACUCUUUAAUCUUUCGUACUGCUUAUAAUGAAGAUGAGCUGAUAGGCAGUGCGCUUGUAGAUAUGUAUGCUAAAUGUGGGGAUAUGAGAAGUUCAGCACAUGUUUUUGGCGAAAUGGUUAGCAAGAAAGACGUUAUUUCAUGGAACUCAAUCAUUGUUGGAUAUGCAAAAAAUGGUUAUGCAGAAAAUGCUCUUAAGAUCUUUGAAGAGAUGAAUCAGGCGCAUGUAAAACCCGACGAAGUCACAUUCCUUGGUGUUCUUACUGCAUGUAAUCAUGCAGGAAUGGUAUCCGAAGGUCAAAAAAUAUUUAAUAAUAUGAUUCAUUGUUAUGGGGUUCGUCCACGAAUAGAUCACUGUGCUUGCAUGAUUGACCUUUUUGGGCGUUGGGGUUUUCUCAAAGAAGCAGAGGAGUUCAUUGUCAACCUAGACUUUGAGCCUGAUGCUAUGUUAUGGUCCACAUAUCUUGGUGCAUGCAGAUUGCACGGGGAUGACAGAAGAGGGCUUUAUGCAGCAGAAAGGCUUAUUCAGUUGCAACCACAAAAUUCUUCUCCAUAUGUGCUGCUUUCCAAUAUAUAUGCGGAAUCAGGCAACUGGGAGGGGGUUAAUUCAGUGAGGACAAAAAUGCAAGAAAGAGGAGUUAAAAAGUUUCCUGGAUAUAGUUGGAGGUCAUAAAUCUCGUCCUAAUUCUGGUGAAAUACUCGCACUCUUGAAAAGAUUAAAUGCAUUGAUGAAAGUUGAAGGGUAUUUAGCGAAAUCUGGAUCUUAUAUGCUUGAUGAAGAACAAAUGUAUAUGCUCUCUAGACUAUCAAUUGAUCUUGACAUUAACAGGAAUUGAACCACCCUCUUCAUUAAUUGAUAUAUUCAAGUAUAAAUAUGGUGCUCAUCGAGCAGAAACUCCAGUUCUGUUAAAUUCCAACUAUGGGGCAAGAAGUCAUUAAGGGAUUAUGGAAAACAAACUUAUUUUGAUUUUAGAGUUCAAGGGAGGGAAGGGUGUUGAGACUUUUGCAAAGCCUGAGAUUUUAUGAUGGGUUGCAGAUAGUUUGUAUUGGCUAUUUUACGGAGAUUGACCUUGAAAUGGUAUUUUGCUCAGAUGUCUUAAUUUUCUCUCUCCUUGACAAUAUUGAAGAAACACUAGAAGAGUUAUUAUUCAGAAUCUACUUUGGUUCCUGAAUUGCAGUAAGUUAACAGUUUCGGAAAAGUAAGAAGGAAAAAUUUGAUUGCUUCUCUCUUUUCGUCUAAGCUCAAGUAGACAAGACAAAAUUCCUCCUUGCUACUGAAGAUAUCAGAAAAUAUUAUUCACUCUACAAUGAAGACAGUCCCUUUUAGAUGCGCCCUAGCAACAGAGGUAACAGAGGGGUGCUUUGCAGUGCAAUCAAAACUUCAAGACUGUCGAAAGCAGGGUGUCAUGCUACAUAGCGGAGAUCCUGAACUUACUGCAACUUUCCAAUAUAAAUCCAACAAUGAACCAAAUGGAGUGGCGAGAAAUUAUCCAUGUAGGCGAUCCAUAAUUUGUUGGGAACGCUACUCAACACAAUCCUCAGAACUUUCAGAACUUGAAAAUGGUCUUCACUGUAACAACUUCCAAUGCUUUCCCACCUCUCAGCGACUCUGCCCCAUGCACGCGCCGUUAAUCCACCUGCACCUCUUGUUGCCUCGUGGGCAUCUGUCACUGAAUCAAUCCCUCGUCAUCUCACCUCCAUGACGGUCUUCAUCAUAUCGUAACAUGUGUCAUUUGACAAUUUUUCCUCUCAUCUCUACUUGCAAGGGGAAUAAAAAUAAAAUAA